GCAAGUGAGUAUCAAUGGUGUUACCAAUGGCAAUCUUAUAAUUGAGGCUACAGUUGGUGAUACUGCAGUUGUUACUUGCAGCUGCAGUGAAAUAAACUAUCUAACAUAUCUGACAAGAAUUAACUUGAAGAAUUAUACUACGUCAAUCCCCCUUCUCAUUGGUAUUGGACACCAGACUAUGAAUGAAAUAUUAUUGGAUCCAUUGAGUUUCACAUGCUGUCAGCAUAAUCAAACCUUUCAUUGCUCUGCAACAAGAUUCCUCAAUGUCAUACAAUCAGAGCCAAUAACAAGCUCUUCCACCAUCCCUUCAUCGUCUCAAUGCAUUCCACCUUCUAGCUCUACGUUAGCUGAUGCAGACUCCACCUAUAGUUCAUCAAUAAAAAGCAUCAUUAGUUCAGUGGAUAUCUCCCCCUCAUCAUCCAUUACAAGUGACAAUGAACAACUCGUCCUUUCUACUGCAAAUACUGAAGUGUCUACUACUUUACACACAGAAACAUCUACUAUUGUGCAAACGAGUGCUACUCUUACUGCAAAUACAGAUGCAUCUUCUAUUUUACAUACAAAUUUAUCUCCUACUGUCCAAACAGACGUACCCACUACAGCAGCAGAUGGGCCAGGAGUAGUUACCAUAACUAAGAUCAUGAGUUCUUGUCCUACAGUUCAAACUAUUACAGAGUUGAUGUCACCUUCACCACUAAUGACUACUGUAUCUCCAAGAGGACCAGAAGCUACUGCUAACACUUUCUAUGAAUGUUUUAACAACAGUGGUUUCAUUACGUUUAUGGCUAUUUUUGUGCUCAUACUAAUAAUACAGUUUCUGGUGUGCAUUGCUGUAAUCUUGUGCUGUCGAUAUAGAAGCAAGAAGAUGAAAUUUGACCAUGACCUCACUCUUCAGAACAAUUACCAAACACAAUCAGCAGACCUGUGAUGUACAUGUACAGCCCUAUGUUAAUGUAUCGUAUCAUUAUGUAAAUUUUGUGUGGGCUACCCAAGGUGUUUUCCCUAAUGUUAAUGAUAUUCAAAAUUACAUAA